UGCGCGGAUCACAUGCCGCUUAGCUGGUAAAUAGCUGCUGCUGGAAGUUGUGAUCGGAAAAGGCUCCGGUAAUGCUGUUUAAUAUUAGAGACAAAGGCACUCGCAUGGUGAGACCAGUUGAUUUAAAGCGGUAAAGACAAAGUGAUUAAACAAAACACGCAAAACAAAAAACCUUCGCAGAAAAGGAUAGAAAUUUAAACCUUUGAACUAUGCUAACCCAGUGAACAGCUGACAUCCGUUCUUAACAGAGCCAGAUACACAAUUCAAGGCUGACACUGCUGAAGCGUUUUGGUAGAGUAAAGAAGUAAACAUGAGCAACCUGAAAUUUUGGAACCAGCUGGAAGCGGGUAGCUCUGAGGUGGACUGGUGUGAAGGCAAUUACCUGAUUUAUUCUGGCAUUGCAGAGUUCUACAACACGAUCAGCAACAUAUUGUUUUUUAUUUUGCCACCUAUUUUAAUGUGCUUAUUCCGUCAAUAUGCAACACAUUUCAACAGUGGAAUAUAUCUAAUAUGGACUCUGCUGGUUGUGGUUGGUAUUGGGUCUGUCUACUUCCAUGCAACAUUGAGUUUUCUGGGCCAGAUGCUAGACGAGCUUGCAAUCCUCUGGGUUUUGAUGUGUGCCAUUGGCAUGUGGUUCCCCAAGAGAUUCUUGCCAAAGAUUUUCAGGAAAGACAGGACAAGAUUUAAAGCUGUCAUUGCCAUUCUCUCUGGGAUCACAACAUGCCUCGCAUUUGUCAAGCCUGCAAUAAAUGCCAUAUCUUUGAUGAUCCUAGGAAUCCCUUGCACAGUGUUACUCAUUACUGAAUUAAAAAGGUGUGAAAAUGUGCGUGUAUUCAAGCUAGGCCUGAUUUCAGGUUUCUGGUGGACUCUAGCUCUGCUGUGCUGGAUCAGCGACAGGAUUUUCUGCGAGAUGUGGUCGUCUUUUAACUUUCCGUAUCUUCAUUGUGCAUGGCACAUUUUGAUCUGCCUGGCUUCCUACUUGGGCUGCGUCUGCUUCGCCUAUUUUGAUGCGGCCACAGAAGCCCCUGAGCAAGGCCCAGUCAUCAAGUUCUGGCCCAGUGAGAAAUGGGCCUUCAUUGGUGUGCCAUAUGUCACCCUGCUCUGUGUGCAUAGGAAGUCACCAGUGAAGGUGACAUAAUUGAACUACCGUGGUGGCUCUGAGCUGCACGCACAGACUGCAGCGCACCAUGUAUGGUUCUCAUUCAUUUUUAUCUAACUGCCCUCAUUUUGUCACUGACUGCUGCUGCAAAAAAAAUGUUACUCGUAUAUACAGAUGUACAGUAUUUUAUAGAUAUUCUUUAUAAACAUAAUUUAUUUUAUGUUACAACUAAUGCCUACAUUCUAUAUAUAUGAAUAUUUUUAUGUAACAAAGAACAUUGAGCGUAAUAACCCCACUUCAAUUCCUACAACAGACUAACUUAUCCCCUGCUAUGCCCAUUUGUUAAUGAUUGUGUUUCGAUUUUACCCAACAUGUGCUAAUUCUGCACUUCCAAAGCUGUGUACAGUGUUUUAUCAUGGUACACUAAAAAUGUUUCAUAAAUCUUUAUGGCCCUUGAUUGCCAGGGGCUUUAUUUUAUUUUAAGUCUGAAUAAUAAUCUGUUUAUACAGACAGUUUACCUUAAACAGCUUUCAUUCAUAUGUAAUUAAUAAGCAAUAAUAUGCAUGUUUUAUUUUACCUUAGUUUUUAGAAUCAUACUAACUAUAUGAUUGAAUCAGCUUUAUUACUUAAUUGGAUAGAGUAGCAAGGAUACUGCUUGGCACCAAACAUUUUUUUGAUGGUGGAAGGACGUGAUUGUAGGAGUACAUGCCAACUAUUAGUCUCAGAUAAAGGUAAUAUACUGCAAAUAAACGUGAGCAAAACAUAAUGAAAAAUAUAUUUUGACCCCGUUAAGAAAUUAGCCUGUGUUUCAUAUUAUGGAUUUGAGUGAUUUGAAAUUAUUCUUAAUAAUAAUAAUUUUGAAAAUGAAAGAUUUAUUUCUUUAAGCAGUGUAAAAGUGUGACUCCUGACUUUCUAUCAAAUCUGUUUUAAGAAACAUCACACAGUUGUCUGUUUUGGUUGUGAAUGAGAACUGUGGCUAUAUUUUGUAUUUCUUACAUAUAUUUUUUUUAACUUCCAAACAUACUGUAUUUGUAACAGGUUAAUAAUCUCAAAAAACAAAAAAAUAAUAAUUGUUAAUGUUGUUAUAAUAGAGAAGAAAGCUUUUCAUGUACUUUUUAUUUUUACAUUUUGUUUCAUGAUGGAAAUGAAAGCAUAAACUGAGUUUAA